UCACACUGUUUUAAAUCGUCCCCGCAAAAUCACGGUUAAAUCGUAUUUCUCUCGUAUACAGAGCACCAUUUUCAUUUCUUCAUACCCAAAUUGAUCUCUUUCACACCUUCAAGUGAAUGAGAGGAUACAGUGGCACACAUUAGAUAGAAAAAUCCUUCAAGAAAAUGCAUAAUUUUCCGUGGAAGGUUCACCGGGGAAGCAAGUGAUGCUCUCUAUGCACAAAAAAGUUUAGAAAAUAUAAAAGUGUGGUGUUUUUAAAUCCGCGUGGAUAAAAAUAUUGAUUAGUAUUUUUUUUUUCAAGCAAAAAUAAAUAUUUAUGCUACAGAUUUUGAGAUGAAAUUCGCGGAAAAAUCCACGCGAGAUCAUACCGUGAUAAAUAUGCGGAGAUAAAAAUAGAAGAAAUUCUAUUAAGUGAAAACUUUAUGAAAUGAGAUGAAAUGAAAAAAUAACCAGCGGAUAUUGAAGAAAUUAUAAGGGAAUCAGCUUUAUACAACAAAUUUCCAUAUAUUUAUCAACGGAAAAUCGAUCGGACCAACCUUUUUGAUAACAAUUUAUAUUUUAUAUACACAUCUCCGAUAAAGAAAGUGUGACACUUUAAAAAGAAAAUUCUUGGCUUUAAAACACAACAAAAUAUAAUUAAUUUUUAAACACCCUACUAAAGUGUAACGGAAAACCCAAAAGAAAAAUUAAUAAUUUAUUCGACCAAGAAAAUUCUGAGCUUAUGAAUUUUUUAUUGUCCAAUAAUAAAUGAAAAAAAAUCAAGUGGAAGUACCUAUGAGAAAAGAAAACGUAAUUUGUUAAGUAAAAAGAAAAUCUAAAACCUUAAAUGCGAUUCGUGAAAAAAGUCAAUUAAAUAUUCCUCAAAUGCCAAGUGUGUGUGAUGUUUUAUAUUGUCGUGAAAAGUGUUAGGAAAUAUACGAAAAAUUUAUCGAAGUUAUAUUAAGUGACUAUUUAGUAAAAAUAUACACCAAUAAUCUUUUAAAAAAAUUGUUAAAAACCACAUAUGAGUGUGAAUUUUAACGCUGAAUUGCCUGGGUGAAUAAUUGAUAUAAAUUGUGUUAAAAAUUGCACACAGUACUGCAUUGCUAUUGUGUGUAACAAAACAGGAAGAAAAAGAGCUCUGCUGGAAUAUUUGAGCAUCGAGAUAUUCCAUUUUCAAAGUGGACAAUAGGACGUGAAUUGUAAAACCGAAAAAGGGAAUAUAUACGGAAAACUCAUUCAACUAAUUCAAUAAAGCAACUACAAGGAUGUCGAUGUUCUUCUUCCGUCUGCACAACCUCCGACGUGAGGAGGAGAAUAAGAAGAAAAGGAAGGCAGCACAGCGCCAGAGACAGCGUCGUGGUGCAAAAGUUUUCCGUGGUGUUAACAACAUGGAUACACAUCUCACGUUAGCACCGUCGCGCCUCUUCGAGAAAACACCAAUGAAUCCAUCAGACAGUCUCGAUGAAAUUGCUCUACAAAUACCCAGAGUUCGUGUUGAAUACUACGUCAAUGAAAAUACAUUUAAGGAAAGACUGCAACUUUAUUUUAUUAAGAAUCAGAGAUCAAGUCUACGUAUUAGAAUCGCAAAUUUAUUUUUUAAAUUAUUAACUUGUGUGCUGUAUAUAGUUCGAGUAAUCGCCGACCUGGAUCCCACAUUUGCUACUUGUCACGGCUGCCCCGUAGAGAACAAGACGGAAUUUCUUGAGUCGGCUGAUCUCACGGAGGAGCAAUUCCAGGAGAACCCCAUUAUAAAUUGGGAUGCAAUCCUGUGGGUGAAUCGACCAAUUGAACUGUGGGCUGUGCAAUUUGUUUUGGCGAUUGUGUCUCUGACUGAGGCCUUGCUCCUAACAUAUCUGGGUUAUAAGGGAAAUAUAUGGCAGCAAAUACUAUCGUUUCACUUCAUCCUCGAAUUGGUCACGACAAUUCCAUUUGCACUCACGAUUUUGUGGCCCCCAAUGCGAAAUCUCUUCAUUCCUGUAUUCCUCAAUUGUUGGCUGGCGAAGAGAUCCCUCGAGAAUAUGUUUAACGAUCUUCAUCGAGCUAUGCAAAAGUCACAAUCGGCACUCUCGCAACAAUUGACAAUACUCAGUGCGACACUUUUGUGUCUCGUCUUCACCAGUGUUUGCGGAAUUCAGCACUUCCAACGCGCCGGCCAUCGGCAUUUAAAUCUCUUUCAGAGCACAUACUACGUAGUGGUAACAUUUUCUACCGUGGGAUAUGGUGACUUUGUGCCCGACAUUUGGCCGUCACAGCUUUACAUGGUGAUAAUGAUAUGCGUAGCACUUAUCGUACUACCGACUCAGCUCUCUCAAUUACGUACUCUCAAGUUCGAGCAACUGGCAUUCACGUGGAUGGAACGCCAAAAGCUGGGUGGUAGCUACUCAUCACAUAGAGCACAGAGUGAGAAGCAUGUUGUUGUGUGUUCUACCACCCUCCAUGCCGACACCAUCAUGGAUUUUCUCAACGAAUUCUAUGCCCAUCCACUUCUGCAGGACUACUACGUGGUCCUACUUAGUCCCAUGGAGCUAGAUACCACAAUGCGAAUGAUCCUACAGGUGCCAAUUUGGGCGCAACGAGUGAUCUAUAUUCAGGGAUCGUGCCUCAAGGAUGGCGAUCUGGCACGAGCACGUAUGAAUGAAGCUGAGGCGUGCUUCAUUCUUGCGGCACGAAAUUACGCUGACAAAACAGCUGCCGAUGAACAUACCAUCCUACGGUCGUGGGCUGUGAAGGACUUCGCUCCGAGUGUACCGCAAUAUGUUCAAAUCUUUCGACCUGAACACAAAUUACACGUGAAAUUUGCAGAACACGUGGUUUGUGAGGAUGAAUUCAAAUACGCUUUACUCGCCAACAAUUGCACCUGCCCUGGAGCCAGCACCCUCGUCACGCUUCUGCUGCACACCUCCCGCGGACAGGAGGGUCAGCAGAGUCCCGAGGAGUGGCACCGACUGUAUGGCAAGUGCUCGGGCAAUGAGAUCUAUCAUAUUGUGUUGGGUGAUAGUAGAUUUUUUGGUGAGUACGAGGGCAAGAGUUUCACCUAUGCGAGUUUUCACUCGCACAGGAAGUACGGUGUGGCACUGGUGGGUGUCCGACCGGCGGAAUUGCCGGAAUUCUACGAAGACACCAUCCUCCUUAACCCUGGGCCACGCCACAUCAUGAAGAAGGAUGACACCUGCUACUACAUGAGUAUCACCAAGGAGGAAAAUUCUGCCUUUGUUGUCAAUCAAAAUCAGAACAGUGGCUUAGAACCUGCGAAAGAGGCUAUUGCCAGUACGGAUAAUAAUCCGCAUUCAGCAAUCUCAAUAUCAGAAUCUAAAAUUAAUCUCAAGGAAGCAGCAACCCCAUCAUCAGCUACCACGACAAUGCUGGGACAAUCUUCGGCAGUUACCACGACAACUGGGAAUCACCUAGAAUUGCCACAGCACAGCAAUCCCAAUUUAUUGAGUCCAGAUGUGCUAAAUCAACGAAGAGGGAGUCGACGACCAUCAAUUCUUCCUGUGCCUGACAUGUUCACGUCCUCUUCCUUCAGCAUAAGCGGCAAUGAAGACGGAGAUGAAGCGGAAAGUGAAGACGAACUGGACGACGAUGUUCCCUGGAGAUCGCCAUCCGAGAAGAUAGCCUACGGAAGUGACGAUCUUCUGUCCCAGUUACAAUCUUUGUCACUCGUUUUGAGCUCGCCUGAUGAAUCGAACCAUAAUAGUAGUUCAACAACCGAUAGCAAUGAAUCGAUUCAUACAUCUCCUGCAUGGCAUGUCGACUAUUCCCGGAUCGUCAAGGGAUUUCCACCCGUAUCACCUUUCAUUGGAGUUAGUCCAACAUUAUGUUAUCUGCUCAAGGAAAAGAAACCCCUUUGUUGUCUUCAGUUGGCUCAAGUUUGUGAACAUUGUAGCUAUCGUAAUGCAAAAGAAUAUCAAUGGCAAAAUAAGACAAUCAUUUUGGCGGCAGAUUAUGCCUCAAAUGGCAUUUAUAACUUUAUCAUACCACUGAGGGCUCAUUUUCGAUCGAAGACAUCUCUAAAUCCCAUCAUCUUACUCCUUGAGAGGAGGCCCGAUGUAGCAUUUCUCGAUGCAAUAUCGUACUUUCCAUUGGUGUACUGGAUGCUGGGAUCAAUUGAUUGCCUCGAUGAUUUAUUGAGGGCCGGAAUAAAUUUGGCGGAAAAUGUGGUGGUCGUCAAUAAAGAGCUCUCCAAUUCCGCUGAAGAGGAUACUCUGGCCGACUGCAACACAAUCGUAGCUGUGCAAACAAUGUUCAAAUUCUUUCCCAGCAUCCGAAGCAUCACAGAGCUGUCUCAAAGCUCCAAUAUGCGCUUCAUGCAGUUCAGAGCGCACGACAAAUAUGCCCUACAUCUGAGUAAAAUGGAAAAGGUACAAUUCCAUGGGCACAUUCAUGUGGACGCUACCUCCUCCUCCGCCCUUAACACUGACGUCACGAGGGAGAAGGAGCGUGGCUCGCACAUCUCGUACAUGUUUCGUCUCCCUUUUGCCGCUGGAGCUGUUUUUAGUGCUUCAAUGUUGGAUACACUCCUCUAUCAGGCCUUUGUAAAAGACUAUGUGAUAACCUUCGUACGACUCCUCCUUGGAAUUGAUCAAGCUCCUGGAAGUGGAUUUCUUACUUCGAUAAAAAUCACAAAAGAAGAAAUGUGGAUCCGAACGUAUGGUCGGUUGUAUCAAAAGCUCUGUUCUACAACAUGCGAAAUUCCAAUUGGGAUUUACAGAACGCAAGAUACAUCGAUAUCGGAAUCUCAUGUGAGUAGCUCGCCAGUUGCAGAUAAAUGGAGACCAUUUGGAUCGUUUGGAAUGAAAAAUUGCGUGCGAAUGCGACCGUCGUAUGAUGAGGAAUCUGCAACACCGGGCUCCUCAACAACAAAGGGCACCGCCGAAGCUGGACUCCGCGGGGUAACCUAUCGCCCACCUCCCCUCCAUAAAUCCACCUCAUGCCUUGGUGGCUGCUCAGACCGGCGUGGCUCUGCUUAUUCGAUAAAUUUGGCCGAUGAGGCGCGUGAUAAUCAUGCUCAGCAGAUAGAACGAGCAGAAAUUGCAAAUCUCGUACGAAGUCGAAUGGAGUCCCUAAAUCUUCCGGGUGCUGACUAUGAUGAUGUCAGCGAGAAGCGCAACCACUUGUCCUACGUCAUCAUAAAUCCAAGCUGUGACCUUAAACUCGAAGAGGGUGAUAUUGUGUACCUGGUGAGACCGUCACCCUUCUCGGCGCAGAAAACCUUCGAACGCCACAACUCACGACGCAAAUCAAACAUUUCCUUUUGCUCCAAUCUGGCCGCUGCGGCGGCAGCUGUUGCGGCGAGUGGUUCACGCCGUGGCUCAGGGAUCGGGCUCAAUACCUUGGGCGGUGUGCAGUCAAUGUCCGGGUAUGCUUCACCACGUGCUCCGCCUUUAGUAACAACCAAAUCCAAUUCACUUUCAUUACCUGACAGCCCCACAGUCGUUGGACAGCAGCGUGGACGCAGCAAUUCGCUUAGGAUUGACAAUGAUAUUCUACUGAGACGCUCCAGUUCUCUGCGCCAAGGAUUACCAAAUGUUGGUAUUCAGGGCAGGAGAAAAUCCUCCCUGGAAGAGAUUGGUAUCAGCCACUUUACAACACUCAUGCAAGCCACAAACCACAGCAAUCCCAUCAAAAUUGCCCUCAACGGAAGCAUAGGGCUUGAGGUUAGUAUAAAGGUAACACCACCGGAAGAACCAUUGCCGGUACUUGGGGUUCCGUGCAUGAGUGGUGGUGGUGUCAACCCAUCGGGUUUGGGUGGUUCAGCUCUAGGCAUUAAUACUCUAGGCGAUACAACACCCAGCCCAUUGUCUGUACCACAAUCUGAGUCUGCAUCAGCUAGUCCGCAGCAUCUACAAGGGACGAUUGUAUGACCUUCACUAAACCCCACGCAUAGUUAUAACAUAAUGUGGGGCCGUCGGCUGCGCUCAGCCGUACAGAAGAACAAAUGGAUCUAAACGGUGGUAUCCAGCGUAGACCGACGGCGAUAUCCCAAAAGGGGUACAUACCCCCUCGCGUGUAUUCCACAAAUUUUGUAAGUAUCUUUAACCAGUGAAGAUUUCAGUGAAGAAACAGAAAUCAGCAGAUUAAUGCAAAUUAAGGUAAAAAAGAAAAUCUUAAAAGUAGAGUCAUUACUAAAAAAAAUUAUCAAGUCGAAUGAAACUAAUAUUCAAUGAAUAUUAGAGUUUAGAAAUGUGUUUUGGGAACAAUUUGUAGCGAUGUAGAUGAAAAAAGAAAUUGAUACAAAAAAUCUGUGAAUAAAGUUGAUGAAUCAGAGUGUAUAAAAAACGUUACAAUUUCCUAUUUAUUCAACAAACUCUGGGUUUUGAAACAAAAAUAAAAAAAUAUAAAAAAGAGUUAUCACACAGAGAAAACAUGUUUUUUCAUAUCCUAAAAAAAAGUUUUAAAAGAAAAGCAAGUUAGAGUAGAGAAUCUCAUAAUCUUACAUAGAAAUUUAAAGAUAAAAGAAAGUGAGAAUGAGACGCGAUAGAGAAGAUAGAAAUACAUAAUGUAAUGUAAAUAUUGUAAAGAAAAAAACACACUUUGGCUGCCUAUUUUUUAUUAAUUAUUUUUGGUAUAGCGAGGAAAUCUCUUUAUCAAAAAAAUAUAUAUGUAGGAAUUAGGUUACUCUCGUUUCAAAGUCACAACAUAUUAAUACCAAAAUAGUUAGCAAAUAAAGAUACAUAAUACACAUUUAGAUUGCCUGGCGUACCAAUUAAUUGUGUAAUUUAUUCGUAAUCAUAACGUGGAUCAUACCAAAAGAAAAUGUAUAAAAAGACAAGGUAAAUAAAUUCAUAUAAAUUAUGUAUAUUAAAUGAAUAUUUUAUCGUAAAAAAAAACAAUUAGUUAAAGAGAACAUAAAAAAAGAUCAUCGACUGACCAUUGAAAUAAAAGUCGGUAACGCUUUGGUAUACUGUGAACGCUUUACUAACUUACAAAUUGGGACACAGAAAAAAAAUUGAUAACAUAAUGGAACGAUAACUAGGUGGUUUUUGGAAAAUAAUAGAAUUCUAAUACAGCAUAGGGGAAUUUUAUCAAAAGAAUGAUGUAAGGAAUAUAAUUAUUACUAAAUUAAGACGUUAUCCCAAAAAGAAAAUCUUAAUUUAGCAGCUUCAUUAAAAUUUGUUAAAGUAGCAAAAAUGAAGGAAACUUUUAUGUAUCAAAGUAAAUAUAAAAUUAAAUUUUAUGUAAACUUACUGCUAAAUCUCCUAUAGAAACUAUAUUUUAGAUAGGAUUGAGAAUGAAAUGCAAUACAGACUCUCUGUUUGGGUACCAAAGUUAUAUGAAAGAUUUAUUGAAUAAUACUAUAUAGCAAUUUACAAAAAAAAGAGCUUUUUCUUUAUUAGAGCUUUGCAAUUGGGCUUAUUUUAAUUUUCAAUCUUCAAUUAAUAUUCUUAAAGGAGUUUAUCCGUUCAUGAAUGAAAAAUCCUCUCUUUUGAUGAAACAAUCGAACAUAUUGUAAUCUCUUAUUAUAGGAUAAAAAAAAAAUUUAAAUUCUCCACAAAAGUAUUUCUAUUUUCAACCGUAAAGAAUUACACAAAGAGGUAAAAAAUGACUUCACAAUUUUGUUUUUUGUCUCUUUAAAAUUUUUAUGCUCAUGAAUUAAAAGGGUCUAAAAAGUAACGUCAUUUUAUACAUUUUUGGGAAAAUCCUUAAUCCGAUGUUUCCUAGUAAUCCUAGUUAAAAUGGGAAAUCUGUUCAAAGAAUUAUUAUUCUAUUUUGAUUCCUUGAAAGACUAUGCACGUUCUAAUUGUUUCUUAGAAUAUUAGAUUUUCACUAUGGGAAGCGGAUAAACUCCUUAAAGCUCUUAAGGACCAAUAAAAAUGUCUUUUUUUAAACUUUUUUUUUGUCUUUUUUUAAAGGGUUGAUAUUUAAUUAAAAAAAAAAUUGAAUGAAACUUUGUGAAUUUUUUACAUAUCUCAUCAUAACGAUGAAGUUAUGAAAAAAAUAAUUUUCCAAUAUAUUUUGUUUUUUAACAAUUCAAUAUUCCCAAUUCGAUCAAAUACAGUUCUUUAAAGAAAAAGCAUUUUAUUGCAUAAGAUCUUAUAGUAUUAUUCAUGUGAUUUACUGAAGACGGUGCUACGUUAUUAUUUCACAAUUUCACGCGCUAUUUUUGCGAUAAUGCUCAAAAAAUUUUGUCCAAAAUUCACCUAAAACGUUUGACUAUAUAUCACCAUAUAGUGGCUGGAUAUGGAUAUUAUAUUAAAAAAAAGAAGCACAUUAAACUAUCACAAUGUGAAAACACAAAAUUUCGAAAAGCACACACUUUUUUCACCAAAUAAAUUCUUUUUUGCAAAAUUUCUUUUUUAAUAACCUUUAUAAUAUGUAAAAAGGCCUUAGAUGCGACAUUGUUGAGAAAGAAAAGCAACUAAAUAUUAAUACAUAAUGAAAAUGAAAAGUCAAUGUCUCACAGAAAACCAAAAUCAGAGAGAAAAGAAAAUAUUUAAAACAAAAAUUAAAAA